CUUUGCUCAUUCAGCGAGCACUUUAUUGUGACGGACCAACAUGGCCGCGGUCAGGAGGGGAGCCGCCUACUUCCUCAGGAGUUCUGCUCGGGUCCUGUUCAACUGUAAAAAUACCACAGUGCAUAAACCAAGGAAAUGGACAAAUGUUCUUUACACAAGUUUGGCGUCUUUGGCCGUCGGCGGUGGGCUGUGUGCUGUACCUUUCAAACAGGUUGAACAGCUCUCUCAUGACUCUCUGAUCAGACGAGCAGCAUCUCUGGUUACAGACAGUUCAACCACUUUUCUCUCACAGGCCACCUUAGCUCUCAUAGACGCCAUCGAUGAGUAUUCAAAAGCUGUGCACAUACUCAAUGCUCUGCAAAGAAAAUACCUGACAUCACUGGGAAAACUGACUAAAGACGAGGAGGAUUCAAUCUGGCAGGUGAUCAUUGGCCAGCGGGCAGAGGUUAAUGACAGACAGGAUGAAUGCAAGCGUUUCGAGUCAACUUGGGUCAGCGCGGUCAAGAUGUGUGAGAUGGCCGCGGAGGCAGCAUACACAUCAGGAGCCGACCAUGCGUCCAUCACGAUGAAUUCAAACCUUGAGGUGGCCCUGUCGCAGGUGGAGAAGGCACAGAAGCUGUCCGCGGAUGCAGAUAAGAAGUUGGCCGAGACCAAAGUAAUGGAGAUUCAAAGGAUGGCACAGCAGCCUGCCUCCGUACAGAAUAAUGAUGAGGAGGAGAUGCCUGAAGCUUAUCUGAGAGAAGACUAAAACAAACAUACAGAUGUAUCAGAAAACAGAGAGUAAAACUAACAUGUUAUCAUUCCUACACUAUCUUCUUCCAUUGUGGGUCUAUAUUUCUGAUUUAAAAUGUCUCAUUCAUCAUACAAUGAGCUCAAAGUGAUUGAUUCACACAAAAUGAUCACAGACAUCUCACCAAUCAUCGGGUUGGUUCAUUGAAGACUACUAUCAACUGCUGGUGCGGUUUUCUGUUUUCUCUCUUCUGUUUAUUGUGUUGGGAUUUGACCUGCAGUGGAUUUUUUGUUGAUAUGUUGUCGGACUUAAUUGUAAUAAAGACAAGAAACAGUAUAAAGAAUAUAAAA